UAAAUGCAGUUUCUGUUUUCAACACAUCUGGCUCUUUACCCAGGAAUUAAUGACGAACAACCAAACAGUUUUCCCAACGUUAUGUCUGAGAUUAUCUUUUCAAGAAGAGCAAAAAACCUUCGUUAUCGUCUCCUUCUGUUGUUAUAUAAGGAACUAGAGGACAUAAAAAUAUUAUUUUUUAUUCGUUCAGACAACAGACUUGUUAAAAUGAAAGUUUUUUUUAGUAUCCUCUUGGUUGUCUGUCUCAGUGAGGCAGUAUCAUGUCAAACUCCUCCGCCGGGGCUCUGUGGUUUUAACAUUGAUCAGAUAGAAGAGUACGUUGCAUGCACAAAAAAGAAGUUUCCAGUCUGGGUUAUUAGAGAAUCUGAUAAAUGCAGAGAUGAAAUCAUGCCUGGUUCGACAGAUGUUGAUAUAAUAUUGAAAAUAUGUGAAAACGAAGAGACUGGAAUAAUGUUCCUCACGUGCUUUCGCCCUAUAUUUGAGGAAAUGGAGGAGGAAGCUAAUGAAAUUAUAAAACAGUGUGUGCUUCAAGUACAGGGUUAAAAGCUUUAGCCUUAGGUUUCCUGAAUAUCUGGACCAUAACAAAGAACCCCUGAAAGUUUCAUGACAAUCAGAAUUCUGGAAGUGAACACUGGGAAAGUAACAAGGGGAGAAAUUGAAAUGGCGACCAAACUCCUAAAAUUCUAAAAUGAAUAAAGUAAAUUGUUUUAAAACCCCUCUGCGAUAUACUCAAGAUCCCCUGAAAAUGUCAUGGUAAUAAGAGGUCAUGAAGUUGGACAAACUUCGCCACGGACAUCGAACACACAGAGACAAGCCAAUUUAUAGUAUAGAUUAUAAUGUGGUAAACAUUAUGGUUUGUUUGUUUAUUUUUUGAAUUUCGCGCAAAGCUACACGAGGGCUACCUGCGCUAGCUAUCCCUAAUUUAGCAGUGUAAGACUAGAGGGAAAGCAGCUAGUCAUCACCACCCACCGCC